GGACUGCGGCGGACAUUCUGAGACUGGGGGGAACUGACUUGGCGUCACUGACAUCCCUAGUGACACCAAUACAGUGAUUAGUACUAAUAAAAUGCACUGACAAUGUACUAAUGGCACUGGGCAGGAAGGGGUUAACAUGUGGGUCGAUCAAAGGGUUAACUGUGUGCUGUUUACUAUGGUCGGUGUCAGUAUGUUUUCCACUGUAAGCACACUUUGUAUAGCUGUGCUAUGCAGAGCCAUGCAAAGCAGUGUGCAGGAGCUGACAGAGGAGAGAACUGUAUUGUUUACAUACAGUUCUCUCCUUACAGUGGUAAUGCUCCUCGAUCACCGGGUG